AUGAAUGAAAAUGUUGAAAAAACGCCAAGAACAGGCCCGAUGUAUUUUGAUUGGUCACUAGUAGGGAACUAUAAUCCGAGUAAAUUAAACGCAGAUCAAGAUUUUGAUUCAAUGUCUGAAAUUAUAAGUGCAUUUUUAAGUGCAUCACUAUCUAAACAAGACUUUCAAUUUGUAAAUAAUCCAACAGUAUUUCAUUUAUUAAGACUCUUACAAGUUAUAAUGCGAUAUUUAAUGAAUUCAAACGAUUUAAUUAACAGAGAAAACGAAGAAUUCAAAGGCAACAAUGAUUCGUUGAAUGACAAAACCAAUUCUUUGAAAAACAAAGUAAAAACACUUCAAGAACGCAUUCAUAAAUUAAAAGAAAUGGAAAAAUGCCCUGCUUGUGGACUUAAGUUUAAAAAUUCUACUUAUUUAGAUAAGCAUAUUAUUUCUAUGCACCCAAAUUUCCAACACGCGUGGUUAACGAUUCGUAAAAAUGGAGAUGACGAUUUUACAGAAGAAACUAAAAAUUUAAAUAAUCAAAUUGAUGUACUGAAAGAAACAAUUCGCAAACAAAAUUCUUCGUUACAAUCUGGAUCUUGGGUUGAAACUUUCAUUAGAAGUACUUCAUCAGCACCUGAAACAAAUACGAUGCUUACUCAGACAUCUCCAGUAAAGAAUGAAGAUAAAGAAGCGAAAAAAAUUACUCCUAAUUUUAAUUCUUCGAAUUUAUUUAAAACAAAACCAGUUGUUUUAUUUGACAGUCCGGCUCUUGAGAUAUCAUCCUUAAACAUUCCUAAGUACUUAACUAGGCGCGUUGAUAAUUAUUUCCGUCACAAAAUUCAUAUCGAAGAUGAAGGAGAAAUUGACGAAAUACAAAAGAAGAUCCAUGAUUCUGUUAAGAAAGAGGGAUAUUUCAUUCAACAAUCGAAGAAAGAAAAAGCAAUUAGAGAAGGAUUUGCGAAAUCAAUUGAAGAAGUGGCCCCAGAAGAUGUCGAAAUCAUGAGUAUGGCAAGGACGGCUCUUUUGUCAUAUAGAUUGCAGCAAAUUGAGAUGGCCAACAGAAUUAAAAAUUAUAGACCUCCACCUCCGCCAGAGCCAGCAGAAAAAGAUACAUCAGAAUCAGAUUCAAGUUCUUCAAAGUCUAAAUCUUCAAGUAAAGAUAAAUCUGAAGGUAAAGCAAAAGAUUCUGAUGAUAAUUCCGAAAAAUCAAAGUCGAAAUCCAAAUCUAAGUCAAAUGGUAUAUCAAGCAGUAGUUCAUCGAGUUCUAGUGAAGGACCAAUCAUUGUUAACACUACAACUCCAGAUCCCCAAAGAAAACCAAAGGACCAGCCAAGCAAAUCAAAUUCAAAGAAAGAUAAUGAUGAAGAUAAGAGUGAAUCCAAGAAAAUUGAUGAAAAAAGCGAGUCAAAGAAAGAAAAAUCUGAAUCAAAAAUUAAAGAAGAGAAAAGUGAAGGCAUAAAGAAGAAAUCAAAUGAUGAAGAAAAAAGUGAAUCUAAGAAAGAAAAAUCUGAAUCUAAAAAGGCUGAAGAAAAGAAAGGCCCAACAAAUCAAAGUUCAGAAACUAAAGGUAAUGAAGAAAAGAAUGGACCAAAAAGAGAUAAAUCGGAAUCAAAAAUUCAAGAUACAAAAGAUGAGUCGAAAUCCAAGAACAAUAGCAAAAUUUCAACUAAAAACGAUCAAAAGCAAUCAGAAAGCGAAAAAACGCAAGUUGAAAUCGAAGACACAAGUUCGAGUAAAUCAGAUAAACUUCAAUUCAAGUCCUCAUCAGAAUCUGCUAAAAAGAAAUCUGAUACAAUUGAAUUUGCUUCAAGUUCCGACGAUUCAAGUGAUAAGCCUAUUCCAAAAUCACAAAGUAAAUCCGGUCUUAAAGACGAGCCAAAGCCAGAAAAGAAAAUUACAAACGAUGAAUCAGAUAAUUCAGACAGCUUUGAUAAAUUACUUGAUAAUUCAAAGCCAGAACCAAAACAACAGCCGCACAAAGUUGAAAACAAGCCAAAAUCAAACGAGAAUUCAGAUGAUUCGUUUAAUGAUUUAAUAAAUGAUGCCCAGCAGACUAAAAACGAGAAACAAGAACCAAUUGUUAUAAAUAAGAAGCCAACUUUGCACUUAGCUUUGAACCAGCCAAAAUCUCAACCAAAAAGAGAUGUUUAUAAAGAUGAGUUCGAAUCUUCUUCUUCAGAAGUAAAGAGGCACAAAAAAGCCCAUAAACCUGCAAAAGCAUCUAAAAGACAAGGAUAUGAACCAAAGCAUGGAGAAGUCAAGAAGAAAGAUGACUUAAUGAGUUCGGAAUAUUCAUCUCAAAUGAAACCACAAAAUCCGCCGAAACAGGCUGAGAAACCAAAAGAAAAUCCACCUCCAGGACAGCAGAAGGCUCAAGUAGACAAUGAUAUUUUAGCAGCACUGAGCUUAGGAAAGAAAAAGAAAUAG